AUGCAGGUUUCAAAUUCUGAUGACAAUGUCAAAUCAGUCUUUCAGCAUACAACAAAGUUUAUUGUAGAUCUCAAAGAAAGAAAUUGCACAUGCAGAAGGUUCCAGAUUGAUGAAGUUCCUUGCCCACAUGCAAUGGCUAUACUCAAAGAAUUAUAUCAAGAUCCUUACAAAUUUUGUUCAACUUAUUACACAAAAGAAACAAUACUCAAAGCUUAUGCUGAAACAGUUUAUCCGGUGCCAGAUAAGAGUCUUUGGAAUGUGCCAGAAGAAGUAGCACAAAAGAUUGUCAAUCCACCAGAAGGAAGAACAAAGUCGGGAAGACCUAAAAAGCAAAGAUUCAAGUCUCGUGUGGAAACUACAGGGCAUAACAGGUGCAGCAGAUGUAAGGCUUAUGGACAUAAUGUGAAGACCUGUAGGAGUAUGCCUAAGAAAAAAUAG